UAGUAAAUGCCUACUAUGUUCUGUUGUGCUGAAGCAAAGCAUGAAUUUCAUUGUCCUAUCAUAGAAACAUAGAAACAUAGAAAAUAGGUGCAGGAGUAGAGGCCAUUCGGCCCUUCGAGCCUGCACCGCCAUUCAAUAUGAUCAUGGCUGAUCAUCCAACUCUGUAUCCCAUCCCUGCCUUCUCUCCAUACCCCCCUGAUCCCUUUAGCCACAAGGGCCACAUCUAACUCCCUCUUAAAUAUAGCCAAUGAACUGUGUGGCCUCAACUACCUUCUGUGGCAGAGAAUUCCACAGAUUCACCACUCUCUGUGUGAAAAAAAAAUGUUUUUCUCAUCUCGGUCCUAAAAUAUUUCCCCCUUAUCCUUAAACUGUGUGUGGCCCCUUGUUCUGGACUUCCCCAACAUCGGGAACAAUCUUCCUGCAUCUAGCCUGUCCAACCCCUUAAGAAUUUUGUACGUUUCUAUAAGAUCCCCCCCUCAAUCUUCUAAAUUCUAGCGAGUACAAGCCGAGUCUAUCAGGGACACAUGACAAUAAACUCACUUCAACUUCAAUUUGAAUUUGACUCUGCUAUUUACCAUUACUGUAUCUCUAAAACUAAAACUGGAACUAACGUUUUGGUUCUCGUUCCCCCUAGGAUGAUGGACAGAACAAGGUUGAAUGUUUGUUGAUGUCUCCACAUAACAGGAUUUGCAACGUUAGUUUUCCAGUCUUCAGAUCCUCGAUGCAGGUCUCCUUUCGCCUGGAGUUUGAGUUUGUUUGUACGUACCUGGCGGAUGAGGUGGAAUUGCUCCUCAGUGUGAUGAGCGACAGCUCCGAGCUGAACCAGACCCUCCACGACAAUGCGGUGCGGGCGUGGGCAGCCGUGCGCUACGAGGCCGACCUUCUCCUCACCAGCGAGUCCAGCCCGCAACGCCACGAGGUGACCCCGGUCCGCGACUCGGUGCCAGAGGGAACGCAUCCCACAGUCCGACACACCUUCCAGAUCAACAAUCUGGGAUGUUUUCUACCCCGGAGGCUGGAGGCCAAAAUCCUGGUUCCCACCGCGAUCGGCGCCUACCACCACUUUGCCCGGGUGACCACGGUGUCGCUGGACCCGAGCAGCGGGGGCAACUGCUCAAUGGAAACCCCAACAGAGACCUCCCACAACAGGAGCCGAGGGGCAGACACACGCGCCCCGCACCGGGACUUGCGGCACCUACACAGGCUGGACUGCAACACUGCUGCAUGCAGCUCCUACACCUGCCCUGCAGGGACUGGACAGGAGCAAGGGGGCGCUCUCUCUCCACCUCAGCUACUCCCUGCACGGACCCUUCUUCUCCACGGCAAAGUUCAAAUCUAUAAAGAUCGUAACCACAUUCACUCUGGAGAUUCAAGCGCCCGAUGUCCUGGCGGCUCCAGACGCAGCUCGCUAUCGAGAGCUGGUUUUCGAGUUGACCAAGCCAUCGGUGGUUGGCGUCUCGCUAUGGAUCAUCAUCGGCAGUUCCCUCGGAGGCCUGUUGCUCCUGGCGCUCAUCAUCUUCAUCCUCUGGAAGAAAGAAGAAGACAGGUCCUUCUCAACCUCUUCCUCAGGAUCUCCCGCAUGCACGGAGUGCGUGUUUCCGACCGUAGCAGCGACCUGAACCGUCGCCUAUUUGCAGGGGUGUCGAAGAGGUUCUAUCAUGAUUUUGCCUGGGGGCUGGAGUGCAACCUCUGUAUAGUAUAUUUCCUGCAGGGGGGCAGAGUGACAGAGGAUGCGAUAAGUAGAACGUUCACCGAACGCACUACUCUCUGCAGAGCCUUCUUGUCCUUGGCAGACGCAAUUCCCAAACAGAUGGGAAGGUUCCCGGACAAGCAUUUGGGUGUCACGUGGUAA